CCUCCGCCUCGCCUGGGCCAGCUCCUUAGUCCGGGCCAGGCAUAAACAAGCCGGAGCUCCGCGCUCACCUGCGGCCGUCAGCACCCAGCAGCGCCGCCCCGAGCCAGAUGACGGCGAUCUGUUCAGUGUCCUUCUUCAGAUAGGAUCCAUGCCUUGGUUGAAGGAGAUGAAUGAGCUGGCCGGCCACUCCUGAAGAAGCCAGUGAACGUAGACCGUCACCCAGCAUCUAUGUUUCCAGCUUUGCACCUAAAAUCAAAGACUGUCCCAGCCUUGCGAAGCAAUCCGACAUAAGAAGGGACGAUGUAUACCUUCCUGCCGGAGAACUUCACUCCGGUGAAGCAGAAGCCCGCCAAGGAGUUGAAGCCCAUGAUUGGCGCCAUCGUGUUGGGCCUCGUUUUGUUCAUUGCCGCCGUGGUGGCAUGGUGCUACUACGUAGCGUCCCUCCGGAAAGCAGAGAGGCUCAAGACUGCGGAGAUGGAUUUGCGGCAGGAUGGCUUCACCAUCAAGAACCAGAACGGCGAGCUGGUUUUCAAGGUGGCCUUCCAGUCAGGGCGCCUGGACCUGGAGUCCUGCUCCAGGGAAGGGGCCAAUUUAACCUGCACACGGACCGACAAAGGGAAAGUCAACUUCUUCAUCAAGAUUGUCAACCCCAAGAACACCGUGAUCUGCUACCGUGUGCGCUGGGAAGAGUUUGUGGCGGACACGGUGGUGGAUCAUAAAAUGUUCUGGGGAGAUGCCCUCUGGUACGGGGGCUGUGAGAUGAGCGUCCAGCAUUGGCCGAUCAAACUGCCCGGGUACCAAGAGCCUAUGCCUUUUGUGACCAGCGAUGUCUACUCUUUUAGGAACAGUUUUGGAGGCAUCUUAGAGAGGUACUGGUUGUCUUCCAAAGCUGCGGCCAUCAAGAUCAAUGAUUCGGUGCCCUUCCACCUUGGGUUCAAUGCCACGGAACCCUCUCUCGUCUUCCAAGCCAGGUAUAAAGAUUCACCGUACAAACCUCCGUUGGGUCAGCAGCCUUUUCCUGAGCUGAGUUAUCGGGUCUGCAUAGGUUCCGACGUCACCUCCAUCCACAAAUACAUGGUGCGGAAGUACUUCUACAAGCCGUCCAAGAUACCUUCAAGAAACGCUUUCAGGUACCCCAUCUGGUCCACCUGGGCCUUGUACAAAAACGACAUUGACCAGGAGAAACUCCUGCGUUUUGCCGAAAACAUCAAGAAGUACAAGUUCAACUGCAGCCAUAUCGAGAUUGAUGACACCUACACCCAGGCGUACGGCGACUUCGACUUUGACGUAGCCAAGUUCCCCAACAUGACCCAAGCCUUCAGGAAACUCCAAGAGGACGGCUUUCAAAUCACCCUCUGGACUCACCCAUUCAUCAAUUACAAUUCCUCGAAUUUUGGGGUGGGGAUAGAGAAACAAUUGUUCAUCAAGGAACCCACCGGACGGCUACCUGCCAUGGUGGAGUGGUGGAAUGGCAUCGGCGCCAUCUUGGAUUUCACCAACCCUGCCGCCCGAGAUUGGUUCCAGAGUCAACUGAGACAACUCCGCAAUAAAUACGGCAUCUCGUCCUUCAAAUUUGAUGCCGGAGAGACCAGCUACCUUCCCAAACAAUUUAGCACCUUCCGGCCUUUGUCAGAUCCCAGCAUCUGGUCCAGGCGCUACACAGAAAUGGCCAUUCCGUUUUAUGAACUGGCGGAGGUCAGGGUGGGCUAUCAAUCGCAGAAUAUCUCGUGUUUUUUCAGGAUCAUUGACCGGGAUUCCGUGUGGGGCUAUGAACUUGGCCUGAAGUCUUUGAUCCCCACUGUCCUGACCAUCAGCAUGUUGGGGUACCCAUUCAUAUCGGCCGACAUGAUUGGCGGUAAUUUCUUCCCCAACAAAACCGACGGCGCUAUGGAAAUCCCGGACCGGGAACUCUACAUCCGUUGGCUGGAGUUAUCCGCCUUCAUGCCCUCCAUGCAGUUCUCCAUCCCGCCGUGGCUCUACGAUAAGGAGGUCAUCGAAAUCGCCCUGAAGUUCACCAAGCUUCAUGAGUCCUUGGUGGCUCCUCUCUUGCUGGAACUGGCCGGGGAGAUCACGACCACAGGGGAUCCCAUCAUACGGCCUAUCUGGUGGAUCUCUCCCGGGGAUGAAUCUGCCCACAAGAUCGAUUCCCAGUUUCUCAUCGGAGACACCUUGAUGGUGGCUCCGGUCUUGGAGAUGGGGAAACAGGAACGAGACAUCUACAUCCCGGCGGGCAAAUGGCGGAGUUACAAAGGAGAGUUGUUUGAGAAGACUCCCACGUUGAUCACGGACUACCCCGUGGAUCUGGAUGAGGUGGCUUACUUUGUCUGGGUCUCUUAAGCUGCCUCGGUGGACGUGUCUGAAGAUCACAAGAGUCACCUUGCCUUAUUCUGAUCAUCCUAACCUGAAAUAAUUCUAAUCGGUUCAGAGGGUUGAAAAAAGGAAAGACAGGACACGGUUGCCCGCUAAUUCUUCAAAUCAAGACUGAACGAUGGGCAUGCGAUGAAACAGGCUGCUAAAAGAUGAAUAUAGGUAGUCCUCUACUUACAACCACAACCGAGCCCCAAAAUUUAUGUCGCUAAAUGAGACAAUUUAGUGGUAAUUGAAUUUUGCCACAAUUUACGACAAAAUUUCUUGGCCAGGUUAUUAAGCAAAUCACUGCCAUGAGUUAGUGGUGGUUGUUAAAUUAAUCCAGUUUCGCUGUUCCUUGUCAGAAGGUCGUAAAAGGGGAAUCACAUGACCCCAGGACACUGCAACUGUCACAAGUACAUGCCAGUUGCUAAGCCUCCAAACUCUUAUCACGCAACCACAGGAAUGCUGCAACGGUUAAAAAUGUGAAGAAAACCGGUCCUAAGCCACAUUUUACAGUGGUGUUGUAACUUUGAAUGAUCACUAAGGGAAUUGUUGUAAGUUGAGGACUACUCAUAUUGUCCCCAAAUUUGCACACAGCAGCAAAAGGCCUCGUAUGGACGCUGAGAACGGUUGUUUCUGAAUUGUGUGCUUGUGUGUGUAUGUUGGCACUCUCAACAGUUUGUCUUCCGUUUUCUGGGGCUUGUAAUGCCAAAAUCCUUGAGUGAUUUAUCAAUCAUUUCACCUUCUUAGUUUUUCCCGGAUGGUUUACGGUCAGGAGCUGGGAAGAUGAGGAGGAACUUUACUAUAAGCUGCCGAGACUUUUGCUCCCAAACGGGUUUUGAAAGAGCAGCGAAAAGAAGGGAAAUGUAUAAAAAUGGCGGCUCAAACCAGGAUGAACUGUGUUGUGUUUCAAUUGGGAAGGCAUCUGAUAUUGCUCCAACCAAGGCUUGUCUGCAGGAGGGAGACGUUAAAAAAGAAAUAAGGGGGGGUGGGGGUGUCACACAUACAGGCCA